AUGAUCAGAUGUCUGAAAUCAACAAACCCAUUCAUCAUCAUCUCUCUGUUUCCUCUCUGCUUCGUCUUAAUCGUUUUAGCCUUAUGUAAUCCCACCUUCGCAAAUUCCCUGGAUCACUUUCAAGAUGCGAAAAUUCCAGAGUUUCUUGAUGCCAACACGCCACAUCCACCUGGGAAUGUCGAACCGAACACGAGGAGGAUUGCAGCUGAAAAUGCACAGAAUACUAAUUCUACGUACCUGAUUCUGGCCGCCGACAGAACUCACCGGAGGGACCCUUCCGAUGAUUUCAAUUUUUACACCGGCGGUUGGAACAUUACCGAUCCACAUUAUUUAUUUGUCAGUGGUUACAACCCAUUUCUCGAAAAAAAAAAGACUUAUGGAUAUUCCAAAACUGCUUAUGCCAUCUCCGUUAUUUGCCUCACUCUGUUCACUCUUGCAGCAGUGGGUGGUUUUGCAUCACUCCAUGUGGGACAAAAGAGAUUUCAGGACAGCAUUGUGGACACAGUCGCAUUUGUUCUGCAUCAGGCAGAUACAGUGAUUGUGAAACUCAAGGAUUUGGUUGAUAAUCUUCUGGCAGCAAGGAAUUCGAAUGUGGGACAAAGUAUAAUGCCCCGUGAACUACAGGCGAACAUUGACGAUAUUCAGAAAAGAAUCAAUGACGUAUCUGGUCAAUUUCGUAAUGUUACGCAGACGAACUCGGAUGACAUACGACAAUUCUUGAAUCCCCUGAGAUUGACAUUGAUUGUUUUCUCUACUGCUUUGCUUGUCCUAGCAUUCCUCGGUUACUUAUGCUCCAUAUUUGGGCUGCAAUGCAUUGUACAUUGCCUGGUAAUCUUUGGAUGGAUUCUGGUAGCAUUGACAUUUAUAUUGAGUGGGGUCUUCCUUCUUGUACAUAAUGUCGUUGCAGACACAUGUGUGGCAAUGGGAGAAUGGCUUCAAAAUCCAGAUGCUCAUUCAGCUCUGGAGAGUAUAAUCCCGAAAGUAGAUAACAAAACUGCACAAGACAUUUUUUUAGUGACGAAAGGCGUCACGUUUGGCCUAAUCACCAUGAUUAACGUACAAAUAUCAAACGUCUCCAAUGUGGACAUGCCACCAAAUGCAGGACCCUUGUUCUAUAACCAAUCUGGCCCUCUGGUACCUCUUCUUUGCAACCCUUAUGAUGAAAAUCUUAAAGAGACUAAAUGCGCUUCCGGGGAAGUUAGCUUCGACAAUGCGUCUCAGGUGUGGAACAACUACGUAUGCAAGACAGCAGCGUCGGGGAAUUGCGCGACGAGAGGGCGAAUAACGCCGAAUGGUUACAACGAGAUGAUGACAACAGUGAACGUGAGCCAUACGUUGUACACGGAUAUGCCAUUUGUGGUGGACUUGAUCGACUCAGCUUACCUGAAGGAACUAUUCGGGGAGAUUAAGAAAGAUUAUUGUCCGAAUUUGGAACGUUACACCAAAUGGAUGUACGUCGGGUUCACAACGUCGUCGGCGGCAGUGAUGAUGUCGUUGAUCUUGUGGAUCAUCUAUGCUAGAGAACGAAGGCAUCGUAAGUACACUAAAAAGGUUAACAAUGCUAGAUCCUCUGCUGGAGUUCCUCUUGGUUAUAGGCAAAACCCCUAG